GGAAUGGCAAUGAAGAAGAUAAACCAGAAAAUAUAGAAGAGAUAGGAGCAAAGAGAGAAGUGAGCAAAAAAGCUCAGAAAAUUUUCAGGCAUGGCUGCGGCAACAUCACUGUCAUUCUUCCAUAGCACUUUAGCAUCUUCUUCUUCUUCUUCCGUGCAACAACUGUCAUUGCCGCCGAAGUUCGUCAAUUUCCGCCCACAAACCCUCCCACUCAUCCAAGCUAAGGCCCACACUCGCCGCGAAGACCGCACUGCCCGCCAUGUUCGAAUUAGGAAGAAGGUAGAAGGGACACCAGAAAGGCCAAGACUCUGCGUUUUCCGCUCCAACAAGCAUCUCUAUGUGCAAGUGAUUGAUGAUACUAAAAUGCAUACUCUUGCUGCAGCUUCUACAAUGCAGAAAGCUAUCUCAGAGAACAUCGACUAUUCUGCAGGUCCCACAGUUGAAGUGGCGCAGAAGAUAGGUGAAAUGAUUGCCAAAAGUUGUUUGGAGAAAGGAAUAACUAAGGUGGCCUUCGACCGAGGUGGUUACCCUUACCAUGGUCGUGUUAAAGCCCUCGCUGAUGCAGCCCGAGAACAUGGCCUUGUAUUCUGAAGCUAAAACUAGAUUCCCCUUUCUGUGAGAGAUUUUUCUUUUUUCCCAGUCUGUUUAGUUUCUCAGCUACUUAGCAAAGAAUUUGUAGUUGAAACGUAAAAAGUCAUUUAUUUUUGGUACACUGAAAAUGGUGUUGAGGAAGUAUCAUCGUUGUCAAUUAAUGUUCUGGUUUACUCA